AUGGUCAGAAAAGAGUUGAAAACGUGUAAAAUAUGUCUGAAAGAGGAGACAGUCGCCGAUCCGGUGCUCAUAGUAUGCAACUGUCCUAACAUUUGGGUACACAAAUCGUGCGGCGAACAGAUGCUCGAACUGACCGCUCAAACCAAUUGCGAGUUUUGCCAAUUUCCGUACCGUACGGAACGCUAUGCCAACAGUUGGCUCCGGUAUCUGUUGGAAACGCCCGAAGAGUUGUAUGAAUUUUGUGAUGCACUCAGACGUACGAUCUAUGUUAUACACAUUUGGAUCAUAAUUUUAGCACUAGUCGUACAAUUGUCUUACCAGUGCUUGUCGUCGUCGUCGGCAUACAUAAGCUUAUGGGUGUACUUAGUAUUGGCUCUACUGAUCACUUGUUUUAGGUUUUACGUAGACAUCCGGAUCUGGCAAAUCUAUUACAAUCGGAUAGCAUUUAGUCUAAUAGAUUGGCGCAAAACACACUAUUCGGUCGUUUUGUACGCCAAUCCCGAUCCCAGACCUCAAACUCAGGGCUAG